UACGUUACGCUCCCUUUCUGCUACGCCAGAAAAAUUUGUUGGCGUGUUUGUCAGACGUUGCAAAGUAUUUUGGUUUUUGUGUCAAACAGUAGAUAGUUAAAAAGCAAAAAUGUACGGCGGUGACGACUUUGGUAACACGGACUUCUACGAUGAUUAUGCGCACACCGGCGAUCCACAGCUGGAUAUGGAGUACGAGCGCACCUUCUACGCCAACCGCAUGCCGGAUAAUGUGAAAUUCUUUCUCAUGAACUUCUGCCAGGCGAUCAAAGAGGGGAAUCUCUAUGACAUACAAAAUAUGUAUGAGAACACAUUCCCGCAGAUCAGCGAUCAUCAUUUCGACAAGAGUGCCUGGCCAGAAGAGCAGGAAGUGGGUGCGAUUGUGGACAACGACAAGGUUUUUCUUAUACUGUACAAGGAGCUUUACUAUCGUCACAUCCACGCUCGUAUUCCGGGUGGCCCGAAGCUGGAGCAACGCAUUAACUCUUUCUUCAACUACUGCGAUUUCUUCAAUCUAAUAAUUUCUUCUCAAAAUCCUGUCAUGCUGGAACUGCCCGACAUCUGGCUGUGGGAGUUGGUGGAUGAGUUUGUUUAUCAGUUCCAGAACUUUGCGCAAUAUCGCGCACGUUUGACGGACAAGUCGCAGGAUGAGAUUCAGCAGCUGUGCGUGAAUCAUAGCAACGUGUGGAGCAUUUUGUGUAUUCUGAAUGUGCUGCACUCGCUGGUCGAUAUCUCCAACAUCAAGAAGCAAUUGGAGGCCAUCUCGCAAGGCAUCGAUCCACAAACUGUGGCCGGCGACUUCGGCAAGCUUGGCUUUUACAAGAUGCUCGGCUACUUCUCUCUUGUUGGUCUGCUGCGUGUGCACUCCCUGUUGGGUGAUUACUAUCAGGCUAUCAAGGUGCUGGAGCCCAUUGAAAUCCACAAGAAAUCGGCCUACUCGCAUAUACCCGCCUGCCAGAUAUCUACGUCCUAUUAUGUGGGCUUCGCCUAUAUGAUGAUGCGUCGCUAUGCGGAUGCCAUACGCACGUUCUCCGACAUCCUGCUAUAUAUUCAGCGCACCAAGCAGCUGUAUAGCACGCGUAGUUACCAGAACGAUCAAAUCAACAAGCAGGCAGAGCAGAUGUAUCAUCUGUUGGCCAUUUGUCUGGUUCUGCAUCCCCAGUGCAUUGAUGAAUCCAUUCAGCAAGUUUUGCGCGAAAAGAACUACCAUGAUGCCAUGUUCAAGAUGCAGUGCGGCGACCUCGAGGUUUUCAAAUCGUUCUUUGUUUUUGCAUGCCCACGUUUUGUAAGCCCCUGCCCACCGGCAGCCGAUGCGCCCAUGGAGGACUAUGUAAAGGAUCCCAUGGAGCAUCAAUUGCUGGUUUUCAUGGAUGAAGUGCGCCAGCAAAAGGAUUUGCCCACUACCCGCUCUUAUCUGAAGCUCUACACCACAUUGCCACUGACUAAGCUGGCUUCCUUCAUCGAUCCCAAUGCAAGUGAGGAUGAUGUGUCAAAGCUGCUGAUACGUUUGCUGUGCUUUAAGCAUAAAAUGCGCAAUUUGGUCUGGAGUAAGGGUCCCAGUGGACUUGAGGGCACCUUCAAAUCCGGCUCGGAGCUCGAUUUUUAUAUUGACGAUGAUAUGAUUCAUAUUGCUGAUACAAAGGUCUCACAUCGCUAUGGCGAUUUCUUUGUGCGUAAGAUAAUGAAAUUUAACGACCUGAAUCGCAAGCUGAAGAACAUCAACAUUUAAACACUAAAGCCCAAUUACAUUGUAAUCGUACGUGAACUAUAUAACUAUAUAUUCCAUUUGGAUUGAUUCAGUUUUGGUACCAAUAAAAAAACAGAAACUUCAAAUGCGCAGCGGCGCAGCGAAAGGUCAAAACAAAA